AUGGCGACUCCCUCUAACGAAGUCAAGUCCAAAGUCUCAAUCGAGCACAUCGACACACUAGACAAGCCGCAACAUGACAUCCAUCUGGAUGAAUUUGGAGCAGCGAAAGAUUAUACUCCGGAAGAAAAGUCUUUGGUUAGGAAGCUUGAUAAGCAUAUGAUGCCAAUGCUCUGGGUCAUGUACUUCAUGAACUUCCUCGAUCGUAACGCCAUUGUCAACGGAAAGAUCAACAACAUGCACAAGGACCUCAACCUUGUGGGGACGCAAUACAACACAUGCGUGAGCAUCUUCUUCGUCGGCUACCUGGUAGGGCAAGUACCCUCAAACAUGCUCCUGACUCGUGUCAAACCUUCCCACUACAUGGCCGGCUGGACGAUGGCAUGGGCAAUAGUAUCGACUCUCAUGGUUCUUGUUAAAGACUACCAUGGCAUGUUGGCAUGCAGACUUAUCCUCGGAAUAACGGAGGCGCCGUUUUAUCCGGGAGCGUUGUACAUGAUCAGCUCUUUCUACACGCGUAAGGAGACUGCAACAAGGAUGUCGGUGUUCUACACCGGUAACCUAAUUGCGAGUUCUUUCUCCGGUCUUAUCGCGGCUGGCAUAUUCGCCGGGCUGGAUGGCAAACAUGGCUUGGAGGGUUGGAGAUGGCUCUUUUUGAUCCAAGGCAUCUUCACGGUUCUCAUCGCCGUGGUGGCCUUCUUCCUUCUCCCCAAUGCGCCUCUACAAACCCGCUGGCUGUCCCCGGCCCAACGGCAACUAGCGCACGACCGCAUCGAAAGAGACACCACUCAAAGGCGAGGCAAGGUCAAUGUCUGGAAAGGCCUACGAGAAGCAGCAGGUGACUAUCGCACGUGGAUCUUCGCACUCAUGCAGAACCUCCACCUCUCAGCAAACGGUUUCAAGAACUUCCUGCCAACCGUUGUGCUGACGUUGGGCUUCAACCGCACGAUCACCCUCGUGUUGACCUGCCCUCCGUACCUCAUCUCAGCCUUCGUAUCAGUAGCAGUAUCCUGGUCCUCUGGCCGCUUCAACGAGCGCACCUGGCACAUCACACUGUCUAAAGCCGUUGCAAUCGUGGGCUUCAUUGUGGGGACUGCCAGCUUGAAUAUCGGCGCACGGUAUUUCGCCAUGGUGCUAUUUGUCGGAGCAACCUACGGUGUCAAUAACAUCGUGCUGGCCUGGACCGCCGGUGUGCUAGGGCAAACAGACGAAAAGAAGUCAGUCGCGCUGGCUAUCGUGAAUACGUUGGGCAACCUGUCCUUCGUUUACACGCCGUAUCUAUGGCCCGACACCGAUGCACCGCGCUUUGGGAAGGCCAUGUACGCGAGCGUGGGAUUCUCGGCAGGUGUUGUGCUGUGCGCGUGGGUGAUGAGAUUUGUUUUGAUGAGAGACAACAAGAAGAUCCGCGCAACGGACAAUGAGGCUAUCAACUUCUAUGUGUAUUGA